UUAUUAAAACUUAACCAAGCAGUAACCUCCACUUUUAAAAAAUUGACUUCACGACAGUCGUGAAAGAUCAGAGAGCCAUGGAGGAACCUACUAGCUUGAUCGACGACGCUGAGUUCUCCCUUCCGCCUGAGUUUCUCACGGACGAUGAUUUCCUCGUGGAGAAGGAGAACAAGGGCGAUCGGUUCAGAAAUUGUUUGUUCCCGUACGAGUCGAGUCAUGGAUUUGAGCUGGACUUGGAUUUUGGCUCUACCGUUAAACCAAUCGGUGACAAGGAGAAGCUCUUAGCCGGAUUGAGCAGGAAAAUGGCUCAGUCAUCUCUGGAAGAUGAUCUCUCCGGUGGAUUUUUCCGUAGACACGCUUUUUCGACGGGAAACAACGGCACCAAGGCGUGGGACUCGACUCGGCGUGUGGCCGUUGGUUGUCGGAAUCAGAACUGCCAGACGCAAGUUUCUUCUCAGACGGUGGUGUGGGAUCGGCACUACGCGGGCGGCGCGGAGGAACUGACGUUGAUGAAUAUAAACGGUUACAACAACCAUAACGGCAGAGGACUUCUGGAUCUUCCUAGAAAACAUCAACAUCCGCUCGCCGCAGCUAAAAUCACUAACGCGGUCUCUAGCUACUAUAACCGUCAAUCUCUCCACUACCAUAAGCUACAGGCUAUCCAAUUUCUCAAGCAGCAACAGUUGAUGCAGCAGAGCAGAGGAUUAGUAGGAGCUAAUGACAACAACAAAAUCGCUGCCACUGUGGACUUGUCGACGUCUGCAUGGUCUAACCAGCCGCAGAGGCCUGACGUUUUCCUCCAAACCCACCGUACCGGGAACCGUGGAUCAACUGGAACCGGCGUCUUCUUGCCCCGUUGUGUUAACCAUGCAACCGCAGAGAAGCCCAUGCUUGCGACGGUUUUGGUUCCGGCUAGAGUGGUACCAUCGCCUAGUCUCAAUGAUGGGUCGUGGAAACAGAGGAUGAACAAUAGCGGAUUCUCGAACCAGAUUAAGAUGGAGCAGCCAGUGAACGAUCCUCGUUUACCUUCGGACUGGGCUUACUGAUCGAUUUGGGUUUCCAUGGCUUUUGGGUGGGUUUUAGGUCAGGUUUGGACGAAGUAAAAUGAAGAAUAAAAUUAGAUUUGAUGACAGGGUAUUGAAAUUAGUGGCAACAUUAGGGUUUAUGUAGAUAUUGUGGAAGAAUAAGAAGAAAAUAAAGAUCAAGAUGUGGAGAAGACGAGGUUUUGGAUCGUUUUAACCACCGCUGAUGGCUGAUAGAGGAAGAUGACCUUUUCCCUUGGGUUUUUGUUUGUUUAUGGUAUUAAUUGUUGCUUUAGUAUUCUCCUUCCUCCAUUUUAAUCUCAUAACUCUUAAGCAAUGGAGAGGUAAUUAUUAACAACAGGAUUGUUAAAUAAUUUUGUUUGCCAACAAUCGAUGAAUGCAUCAUUUCUUGAGUUU